AUGUCUUUUCCUAGAAAACGUCCGAAACAACCUGUUUCGAGUCAGCCCGCACUUUUUCGAAGAAUUCUGCACUCAUGGACAUACGGCCUGGCAGACCUUCCCUUUCUGCCGGAGCAUCAUUUGCUCCUCAGCUACGGAAAGAAUUCCUUUGCCUCGAAGUCAGCGCUUGCCUUCACCAAUUCAAAAUCCUAUUCCCUUCUAUUUGUCUUCUCGUCAGUUUUUGGCGGCUUUCACUUUCAACCCGAAGCACUUACUGAGUUACUUAUGGAAUCUCAAAUCCUGAGAAUCCCAAUUGGUAUUGGUGCAGAACACCCAGGAAGUCUUUUGGCUCCGAAAAGUCCUCCUCCUCCAAUUCCAGAAAGUACUCCCUUUCCUCCUCCAAUUUCAGGACGUCCUCAUUUUCCUCCUCCAAUUCCAAGAAGUCCUCCUUUUCCUCCGCCUAUUCCAGGAAGUCCUCCGAUUCCUGGAAGUCCUCCUCCUCCAAUUCCUGGACCAAUUUUAGGAAGUCCUCCUCCUCUUCCUAUUUGUGUAGGUCCUCCGAUUUUUGGAAGUCCUCCUUCAAUUCUUGGAGGUCCUCCAAUUCCAGGAACUCCUGCUCCUCCAAUUCCUAGAGAUCCUCCGAUUUUUGGAAGUCUUCCGAUUUUAGGAACUCCUCCUCCUCCUAUUCCUGGGGGUCCUCCUAUUGCUGGAAGUCCUCCUAUCCCUGGAAGUCCUGCUCCUCCUCCUAUUGCUGGAAGCCCUCCGACUCCUGGAAGUCCUCCCCCCAAUCCUGGAAGUCCCCCUCCUCCUCCUAUUGCUGGAAGUCCUCCAAUUUUCGGAAAUCCUCCUCCUAUAAUUUGUGGAAGUCCUAGUCCUAAAAAUUUGGCAUCAUUUGUCUUACUUGCGUCUCCUGCACUAGGAAUCAUGAACCAGUUGUCUGCUAUGGGCAUUAAAUUUGACGAAGAAAUUCAAGGAUUGCUUUUACUUGGUUUCCUACCAGACUCUUGA